AUAAUGUCUUCCAAGCAAGCCACGUCUCCGUUUGCCUCUGUAACCGAUGGGGAGGACACCAUGAGCCAGGAGCACCUGUCCUGGGAGAAGGAGGACAGUGCGGAUGCCCAUGGCACGCCACAGCUGCCCCUGCACAGCCUGCUGCACGGGAAGAACCACCCCGACGAGCUGCAGCCGCUCAGCAGUAUCCCACCAGAGACGGACUGGGACAGCCUGGUGACAGCCCAGCAGCACAUGGAAUCUGACAGCAAUAAAGUAUGUUCCCUGUACUCCUUCCGGAAUAAUUCCACCUCUCCCCACAAGCCGGAGGAGGGGGCUCGGGAGCGAGGCGACCUGCUGAGCAGCUCGGCUUUUGGAACACCUGAGCGUCGCAAAGGAAGCCUGGCGGACGUGGUGGACACACUGAAGCAGAAGAAGCUGGAGGAGAUGACGAAGACAGAGCAAGACGAGUCGUCAUGCAUGGAGAAACUUCUGUCCAAAGACUGGAAAGAGAAGAUGGAGCGGCUCAAUGCUAGCGAGCUUCUGGGGGAUGUUAAAGGUACUCCAGAGGGCCUGGCAGACAAGGAACACCAGCUCUCCACGAUGAUCACCCAGCUGAUCAGCCUGCGAGAGCAGCUCCUGGCGGCCCACGAUGAGCAGAAGAAGCUCGCAGCCUCGCAGAUAGAGAAGCAGAGGCAGCAAAUGGAGCUGGCUCGCCAGCAGCAGGAGCAGAUCGCCAGACAACAGCAGCAGCUCCUGCAGCAACAGCACAAGAUCAACCUCCUCCAGCAGCAGAUCCAGGUCCAGGGUCACAUGCCUCCGCUCAUGAUCCCCAUUUUUCCACAUGACCAGCGCACUCUAGCUGCAGCUGCCGCUGCCCAGCAAGGCUUUCUCUUCCCUCCGGGAAUGUCCUACAAACCAGGUGAUAACUACCCAGUGCAGUUUAUUCCAUCUACAAUGGCAGCUGCAGCAGCGUCGGGACUCAGCCCCCUCCAGCUUCAGCAACUGUAUGCUGCUCAGCUCGCCAGCAUGCAGGUCUCUCCCGGAGCCAAGAUGCCACCUCUCCCCCAGCCCCCCAACGCCAGCGGGCCCAUCUCCCCCUCCUCUCUGAAGAAUGACAAGAGAUCCUCCAGCCCUGUCACUCAAGUCAAGGAGGAGGGAACGCAGCCUCUCAACCUGUCUGCCCGGCCCAAGAUCACAGACGUGGUCAAGUCUCCGACAUCCCCCACACAGAACCUUUUCCCCGGCAGCAAGAGCAGCCCCAACAACCUGGUCAACAAAGGGGGUAUCCCUAGCCCCCUCGGAGGAGGCAUAGGCCGGGGCUCCUCUCUAGGUAAGACCCCCAGCUCAUUGCCAGUCUCAACUGGACGUGCAGACAUUCUGUCCAGCCUGAACUCCACUGCGCUGUUUGGGGACCAGGACGCGGUGAUGAAGGCCAUCCAGGAGGCGAGGAAGAUGAGGGAGCAGAUCCAGAGGGAGCAGCUGCAGCAUCACCAGCAGGGCAUGGAGGCCAAGCUGUCUGCCCUCAGCGCUAUGAGCCUCAACAACUGCAGAGCGGAUAAGGAGAGGGUGCACUUCGAGAGCCUGGGACACCACCUCGGCAAGCUCGGCGAGGACGGGAAGCUCGGCCACAGGGUUAUCGAUCUCACCAGGCCGGAGGAUCUCGAUGGGAGCCAACAGGUCAAUGGCUCCUCAGAUAAACCACAACCCUAUUAUUGUUGGCCAACAGGGGGCGCCAGCACUACUGAAGCGCGGGUCUACAGGGAGUCCCGAGGAAGGAACAGCAACGAGCCCCACAUCAAAAGGCCCAUGAACGCGUUCAUGGUGUGGGCCAAGGAUGAGCGACGCAAGAUCCUGCAGGCCUUCCCCGACAUGCACAACUCCAACAUCAGCAAAAUCUUGGGUUCCCGGUGGAAGUCGAUGUCUAAUCAAGAGAAGCAGCCCUACUACGAGGAGCAGGCCCGUCUCAGCAAGAUCCACCUAGAGAAGUACCCCAACUACAAGUACAAGCCGCGGCCCAAGAGGACCUGCAUCAUUGAUGGCAAAAAGCUUCGCAUCGGAGAAUACAAGCAGAUGAUGCGCUCACGGCGGCAAGAGAUGAGGCAGUUCUUCACUGUGGGGCAGCAGCCACAGAUCCCCAUCAGCACCAGUGCCGGUGUAGUCUAUCCCGGGGCCAUCAGCAUGGCGACCACCACGCCCUCCCCUCAGAUGACCUCCGAGUGCUCGAGUACCUCGGCCAGCCCCGAGCCUUCCAUCCCCGUCAUCCAGAGCACCUACAACAUGAAGCUAGAGCCCAGCGCCAUGACCAACAACAACGAGCCCGUCAACGGGGAGGACGAGAUGGACAUGUACGAGGACUUUGAAGACGAGCCCAAAUCAGACUAUAGCAGUGAGAAUGACACGCAAGAGCCCGUCAGCGCCAACUGA